UGUUCUCAAUGAACAGGGUAUGGUCAUGCGCAAAACAUCAGCCUAUGCCUUACCAAGACCAUGGUGCGUGGUACUUUAUCACACCCUUCUCGAGGUGAACCUGUUUGUAGUUGAUAAUUUCAUUGACUCAACAGAACACUAUGGAUCUAGAGAGGAAAACUCGAUAAAACCCGUAAUCUCCGGUGUUAUUCGACCCGUGCCGAUGAGAUGAAUGGCACUACGUUAGUGUGUCUCUAAACGGAGACCUCCGGAUAUCUGGCGCCCUCCGGUUGUAACUUAGCCUUGUCCGGGUAUAGCGGAUCUCUGCCCGGAUCGACUCUCCUUUCUCCGCAACUCGUGGGUUUAAAAUAUGAACCAAAACAAUAAAAAUUUACAAAAAUCAAGCUCGGUUAAACCAAGCUCUUCUGGAACGGCUAGUUCCAAGGUACCUACCGCAACUUCUAGCGGUAAUAACAGGGUACCUCCUAAUAAAACAGGAAUCUCCACGCGUUCUGGCCCUUCUGCAUGGUCGGGCUCUCCAUCCAGGAGAAUUUAUAAAGAACGGCGAGCGGCGACUAGGCUGCUCGAGAGAUAUGGUAAUGUCUCGGUUACGUCCGAGUCUCUUAAGGCUAGAUUAGCCUGGGCCAAACGGGUCCUUGAUACUUCUAAGGAAGUCAAAAAGGAACCUGUACCGAAGCGCCAGCGCUCAUUAGAUGAGUCAGCUUCGAAGCCAGAUGCCAAAAAGGCAAAAUUUCGUGGCAACGCCACCACUACUAAGUCCUUUAGCGACACGCUGAAGGGCUCCAUCAUAAUGGCGGUCAUUGAUGAAAAUGAUCCAGAUGGCACUAUUAAUCCUGAAAAAUGGGAUCAAAUUGAGCGAAAGCUCCUUGACUUGUUCAUCGAAGUUCUUAAGGAAUUUCCAGGUACAAUUCCCAAAUGUCGCGACGGUGGAUGGUUUCAGGGCCAUGUGAAACUAGUCGCCUGCGUUGAUCAGCGUUCUGUUGAUCUCUUUCGCAUUGCCAUCUCCAGAAUGGGUGAGGUCUGGCCAGGCGCAAAGCUUAAAGUCGUUGCCAAGGAACAAAUUCCUGGCCGACCUAGGGCGCGUUCCUGGAUUCCAGCCGAACCAUCCGACCCUCAGCGGAUUCUGGAGCUAAUUCGGGUGGGAAACCCUGAUCUAAAUACGUCCACGUGGAAGGUCACUAAGCUGGAAGAAGCCAAAGGCAAGUUUAGGUCGGUCAGUUUUGUGAUCGACAAAGCCUCUCUGGCCAUUUUGGCGCGAUCUGGUGGCGUUUUAAAUUACGGUUUUUUCCCCAUAACUAUGAGGGUCUACAAAAAAGAUGAGGAGCAAUCCUCGUCUGAUGUACGGGAAUCAGCGGCAAUUUCUCAACACACUGCUGAUCCCUUGUCGAAAGUGGGCAACAUUAAGCCUGCUUCAAUGACCGAAGUGGGUCCGGUUAUUCCAUCUGAAGACUCACCUGUGUGCAUGGACAUUUCAAUGUCUGCUCCUUCGCCAGCUCACUCAAUUACAUCAGAGGAGAGCAUAGGCAUGCGCUAUCUUUUCGAUGAAGAGGAACUCCUAAUGAGUAAUGACUCUGAGGAGGAUAGUGCUUUUGAUGUCACUGUGGUGGAGAAAAAUGGAUCCACACAUACUGAAGAUGCGGGUACAGCAAAUUAACCUGCAUCAUAGCAAGGCUGCAUCCGCCAGUCUACUGCAACGCCUCAGCAACAACGAGGCUGAUAUGGUCCUGAUACAAGAACCAUGGAUUUAUAAGGAUCUUGUAUGCGAAAUCAGGGCUAAUAACUACAACCUAUUUUAUGCGGUAAAUAAGGUGAUGGUGACCAAACCGCAGUAAGUAUCGAGGGCUCCUGGGGCCAAAUAUGGGCAGUAUCUGCAUAUCUGGCACAUGACCAUGCCACA